GUAACCGCGUAGCUGAAAUAUUAGAAAAGGCUGGUAACCAUACGUGGAGACACGUUCCCACAGAUUUAAAUCCAGCAGACCCAAUAUCUCGUGGUGUGGAUAUUGGUAACCUGCUUGGUCUGAAGUUGUGGUGGUCUGGUCCUGAAUUCUUGAAGAAUGAUCUGUCGGAGUGGCCUUCUCAGCCCAAGCAUGUCGGCCCUUUACCGGAGACACGUCCUGACGCUGAUGUAUCUUUGAAUGCAACUAUUUCUGAAGGAAAAGCAUUCGUUGAUUUUAGCCGCUUUUCAAAUCAUUCACGGCUUAUCCGUGCAGUGGCUUAUGCUUUGCGUUUUAUUAAACAUUGCAGGAAGCAAAUUUCUGAGACUGACUAUUUGACAGACGAAGAAUUACGUAAAGCAUCAAAUCUAUUAAUUUCAAAAUGUCAAGAGGAUUCUUUUCCUGAGUAUAAAUUACUAUUAAAUAAAGAGAGUUUGCCAAAAAAAAGUCCAUUGCUUAAAUUUAACGUUUUUAUUGGCGAUGACCACAUCAUGCGUGUUGGAGGUCGUCUUGAUAACUCAAAUUUUUCGUAUGAUAAAAAGCAUCCUAUAUUACUACAGUCCACUCAUUUGUUUACACAACUAUUAUUUACCUAUCAACACAAAAGGUUGAUGCAUGCCGGCCCACAGUUGUUACUGGCAUGCAUUAGGGAAACUUAUUGGCCAAUAGGAGGUCGUAACUUAGCGAAGGCCUGCUAUCACAAGUGUGUACUAUGUCAACGCAUGAAGGGUAAAGUAGUGACUCCUUUGAUGGGAAACUUACCUCAGCAGCGUCUCCUUCCAGGUGGUUUUCCUUUUGAAAGUGUGGGUGUUGAUUACGCCGGUCCCAUCAUGAGUGCAUCUCGUCAAGGUCGCGGGUGUAGGCUUGUUAAGGUGUAUAUCUGCAUCUUUGUCUGUUUCACUACCAAGGCAAUUCAUUUAGAGUUGGUAGGUGAUUUAACAAGUAAUACCUAUUUAUUAGCAAUGCGCAGGUUCAUUGCACGUAGGGGAAAGCCUCUCCAUAUAUUCUCUGACAACGGUACGUCGUUUGUUGGUGCGUGCAAUGAUAUUUCCGCCUUCCUAAAAAGCAAUUGCAAUUUUUUGAGCGAAAAUAUGGCCAAUGACAACAUAAAUUUCCAUUUUAUUCCGGCUUAUACGCCUCAUUUCGGUGGUCUUUGGGAGGCGGGUGUCAAGUCAACCAAGUAUCAUUUACGGAGAGUGUUGGGAAAUUGUAACCUAACUUACGAGGAACUUAACACCACCCUCACCCAGAUUGAAGCAAUUUUGAACUCCAGGCCGCUUACUCCACUAUCAUCAGAGCCUUCAGAUUGCACCCCACUGACGCCGGGACACCUGCUCAUCGGACGUGCCCUGACUUCCUUGCCGCAGCCAGACUAUCAGGAUCACUCCACUCCUCUUUUGACCCGCUUCAAACGCAUUGAGCAACUUCGCCAACACUUUUGGGAAAGAUGGAGCAAAGAGUAUGUCUCGGAGCUGCAGCAGCGUGUAAAAUGGCGUUCAUGCAAGGAUGGUCUGAGGCUGGACACCUUGGUCGUUGUAAAGGAGGAUAACCUUCCCCCCCUGAAGUGGAGAAUGGGGAGAGUCGUCGCCGUUCAUCCGGGCUCUGACGGAAUCGCUCGGGUUGCUGACAUAAGGACCAGCACUGGGGUCAUCAGACGGGCCUUCAGUAGGAUAUGUCCACUGCCAGUCGCACCUUCUUCUUGUUGAAAGCGAUCCUUUCAACGCCCGGGGAUAUGUUGAAGCGCCUGAAUUCACGCACCGAGCACAUACUAACAUAGGCUAAUUAGAUGAUUUAAUUGUAUUAGGUACUAACACUUCACUUGCGGUUCUAUUCAUUGCAAUACAGUUAUCAUAUCGUCA